AAAGAACCUCAAGCGGGAAAAGUAACUCAAGUGAGUAAAGCACAGGAAGAAAGGAAAACACCCCAAGUAAAUAACGAACCUGAAGAAAAUACACUUCCUGAAGCAAGUAAAGUACCAUAAAAAAGUGAGGGAUCUCAAGUAACAAAAGCACCUAGAAUAAGUAAAGUACCUGAAGCGAGUAAAGUAUCCAAACUAGGUAAAGCACGUCUAGUAAGUCAAGUACCUCUAGUAAUUGAAAUAUCUCAAGAAACUAAAGCAGCUCAAGUAGGUGAAGGAUCUCAAGAAAGUAAAGCACAUUCAGUAAGUACAGCACCUCAAGUAAGGUCCUUCAAGUACUUGAGGCAUCUAAGUGAAGCAACCAAAGUAAAGCACAUGGAGUAAGUGAAGCAUUGAAGUAACUUAAGUACUUCAAGUCAGCUAUCGUCAUGAUCAGCAUAAAGGCGUCAAAUUGUCCACCUCACCCGCCCCCCAUUACAUGCUUCUGCCUUGGCCACACUCCAGCUCUUCCACCCUGCCUUUUUUCUCGCUCUCUUUCAACAGACCUUGUCCAGGUGUUCUUUGGUCUUCCUCUCCGCAUUCGACCUUUUGGUUUCCACCCCAAUGCCCUAAAACAGUCGUUCACAACCUCCCUCCUGAGUUGAUGUCCUAACCAGUUCCACCUUUUUCACACCUCCUAGCUAAUUUCACCAACAAACAAACUAAGACUUUAUCAGAGAUUCAGAGAUUCAAUGUGUUGGCUGAAGGUCCGACCACUGUCCAGUAUUACGCCAAGCUCCUGUAUGGAAUUCUCAGCUGUGAGAUCUUUUUCAAAGCAUCCUCCCAGAACCAAAGACGCAGAACUUGGUUUUACUGGGAUUAGUAAGUAACUUGUCGGUAAAGCACUGGGAAGCAACCCACACAAGAUCUGAUUUGAGGUCUGUAACUCCAGCUAAUGUGUCUUUACUUGCAAAGGAGAGUUAGAGCUUGGAGUCAUCUACUUAGGAUUCCACAUUUCAGGUGCUUCAGACAGAUUGCAAAUCGUUUGUGUAGAGAUCAAAUAAGAGGGUCCUCAAAAUUGAACCCUGGGUGACACCAUGACUGACCGUUAAUGGGUUAGAUCUGGAACUAUUUAUUUGCACAAACUGCUGUCUGUCUGUGUGGCAGCUUUCAAACCAGGAUAGGGCCUAUGAGGAAACAUCGAGGGUAUUGAGCUUGGCCAACAGGAUCUUAUGUUGAGUACUAUCAAAUGUUUUACUUAGGUCAAGCAUAGAGAUGCCAGUCACCUUUUUUUUCGUCAACUGCACUUUACAAGUGACUGGUAAAAAGGAGACCAAGUGUUUUAGUGGAAUGAUGCUGUUUAUUGCCACUUUGGUGGAUGGACAUCCUGUUGUUUAAGGUCAAACAGCAGACAAACUGGUCGUGGACAACGAGUUCCCAGACCUCAGAUAAGACUGGCAACAAUGACAUCAGGUGGAUGUUAUUGGCUCUUCAUGAUCACCAUGUUUAGGGUGAGACACCACCUACGUUACUUUCCAUUCCUUUGGAAAGCAACCAGGUGUGAGAAAAUAGUUAAAUAUCUCAGUAAUUACAUGCAGGAUAUGUGGCAGGACACCUUUGAUAACAUUAACACCAAUUUUAUCUUAACCAGGGACUUUAUUGUUGGGCAUUCCAGUGAUGAUGUCCUACACUGUGUUAUCUGAGAUGCCUUGAAAGGUGAACCUAGGCCGUGCGUCAUUCUCUGUCAAUGGACAGAAGGGAGGUUCUUGAGAUGUCAAGGGGCGAAGGGGUAAGCCAUGGCUAAAAGCCAGCUGCUUUCCUUUGCUUGCAGCUGUUCCACCAACUGAAACAAAGUACCUGUUAAAAGAAUUAGCAACCUCCAAAGGAUCCUUUGAGUACUGCAGGUUGGAACUACCAUGCGAGUUGAGACAACAAGGAACAAUUUUGCGUAGUAACGCUUUUGUGGACAAAUUGCUGAUAAUUUCCUCUUGAACAUGUUUUGCCUCAGUUGCGUAGAGGUUAGACUUCACAUCUUCUUUCAGGAUCCUACACAUCUCCCAGUCAGUAAGAUUCAUUGUCAUACCGGUAUGCUUACAGCAGUCAUCACAUUUCAACAUCAGCUCUCUACUUUCGGCACUAAUAACAUGUGAUUUCUACCAUUUGGCUUUAAAUAAUUUCAUAGGUAGAUGUUGGUGGAGAAUCUCAACAAAAAACUUUAGAUGACGACAUGCUCACUGAUGAGGUCCAAAAUGCUGACAGUGCCCCAAUGGGUCUCCAAGACGUCUUUCCAGAAGGCCUCAGUCUUAGAGUCCUUAACACUACAAGGCGUUGUAGUGAAAACAUAUUUUUGCAGCCACUCCUCACCCCAUGACUUCGGAACAUGAACGGAAGGCCUGGACGGUGUGCUUGAACUGAAAGCCUGAACACAAUGCCUCAAAUGCGAACCUCAAUUGCAGUUCUCCAUUUCAGAUCUGAAAGCUUCAAAAGCAAAUUCAGUAUAAAUUAAUAGCUGGAUGUAAAAUAGCUUCCUCAAAAGAGCUAGAUGCGCCCACCUCAGUUCCAGUUAUCUCUUCAAUCAUCUCAUCAUCUUUAAACACUCUCAUGUCAAAGUCUUCUGAACCAACAAGUCACUGUGCAAAUCAAAGGUCAAAUGAUUGUAAAAUUAUCAUAUGCAAACUUAAUCCUGCACAAAACUUACAAUCUCUAUCAAGAUAAAGAGAAGGCUCGUUAAUCAUGGGGCCAUAGAUAGAGUGCUCACAUUUUUCAGAGCCACAAGUCAGACUAUUUGACAUUGCAAAGAAAAUACCUUCGCCAAUCCAUGGCUGUUUAAGUCACCCAUUACCAAAGAGCGCAAAGGGGGGAAAAAAUAAAGUUACUAUUUUUUUGUUCUGCUUUUACAUGUCUACCGAAAAAUGAAAAACAACAAUUACACUUCUACACGGGUUACUAUCCUAUAAGCUUUUGGGAUGCAAAAUACACCUUUAAUAUCAUUGAACCCUUUAACUCCCAGAAGUGACUGACAUUCAAAUUCUCCCUACAACAUCCAUACAUUCUUCACCUAACAUGAGAUCAGAAUAUUCGAAGUUAUCAGGUAGCAGCUGCUAUCUUGAUCUAGCACCAAGUUCUCAUAUCUAAUUUUAAAAAGAAAAUGUGUAGCAGCUGCAGGGGAGAAUUAACAAUCCAAUCUUGGGAAUUAAAGGGUUAAAUCAACGAAUAAUGUUUACGGUCCCAAUAAUCAAUAACUAUUAUGGUUUGUGUCACAAUAUGCUCACUCCCAAACAUAAUUGCAACACCUGCAAUGCUUACUCACUUCCCCCUACUUUCACAAGUGCAUUAAUUAUAUAACUUAUUCAUACCACAAGCUCACUUUUCCCCCAAAAAAGAUCAAAACCACAGGGUAAGAGGCUGGACUUGCAUGGAAAUUCAUGGCUGUACGUUGCGUAGCCAAAUCAUACACUUGUAAGGUACACCAAAUCACACACUUCAAUUUCUGUGACUAGUACCUACUUCCAUUUAUAAAUAAGGAAAACUGGUUCGUUAAAUGUCUCGACUCAAAAUCAUAUUUCAUUGCCCAUUUUUCUGUCGUCUAGGGGCACGAGAAGAAAGAAAAGAGCAGAAAUUACUGAGAUAGGCUGUAUCUCCACAACAGAUGUAAUAAAACCCCUCCCCCCAUCACCCUUCCCUCACCACCCGCAGGUGUCCCAGUAUAAGGUGUCCAGUACCCUGUUGAAUUCAAUUUACACUUGUCAAUACUUACUUUCCAGGAUCUGUCAUUCCCUUCAUCAUCCAAAUCCUCCAAUAGAACUAUUUCCACCAUCAAUCCCAAAAGAUUCUCAAUAGAUCCAAGUCUACCUCUCACAAUUGCAUUUGCUCCAUCAGCAAUCUAAAAAUAAUCAACAGGGAGAGCAACUUGCACCAUGAAAAUUAACUUUCAACACCUGUAAAUGUUUAUACCACUGCACCUAGUACUAACCGACCUUUUCAUUUCACUACAUACAGCACUUUUCAUUUCUAUUCUUCUUUUUCCCCUAGAAAAUUUUUGGCUAACAUACCAAGUUCCUUUUUACAUUUUACUAGCAGUCUUUCAGUCUUUUUUAAUAGUAUAGUUCAUUGCACAUAAAUAAACUCAAGGUAUGGUCGAGGAGAUAGAAGGAGUACCUAUUCAAAGGGGAAGAGGGUGCUGUUAAGCUGAUUUUCUAAAGGAAAGGGCACUCUUUUCAACCCUAAAGGUAUUUUCAGAAAACUUAUUCAGGAGGAGUGCUUUUAUGAGGACCUAUGGCAAGGUGACCAGGAGAAAUUCUGCAUAAUUUCCUACUGUUUUUCUUUCUUGUCUACCAAAUCGUAACCUAAGCCCUUGGUCAGUAUUGUCCCUCUGUCACUUACAUCUUCAUAAACCAGGUUAGAAUUCUUCCCCACAUUGGAGGCCAAGAAGUGUGUGGGUGUUUCAGCAAGAAGUGUGUCACAUCCAGCAGUGUUCCGGGGCCAGCAAAAAAAAAGCACAAACUUUUCAGUUGAUGUUCAAAGUGCCACUCUCAGUGUCAUGACAAGCCAUUUCUUGCAACUCUGAACAUGACCUCAGAACAUCACCUUGGGACAUGACCUUGCAACAAGACCUUGGACCAUUACCGCUGUACAUAACCAUGGAACAUGACCAUGGAACAUGAGAGCAGAGCAUGACCUUCAACCAUGGCGUUGGAACAUGAUCUCAGACAAUGACCUCGGACCAUGACCACAGACCAUUACUGCCGUAAAUGACCACGCCACAUGACCGUGGAACAUGACACCAAAGGAUGACUUUGGACCAUGGCCUGGGAACAUCAGCUCAGAAUGUGACCUCUGACCAUGACCUGGGACCAUUACUGCAAUACAACACCGGGGAACACAACCGUAGAACAUGAAACUGGAACAUGACCUCACACAAUGCCCUUGCAACAUGACCUUGCAACAUGAACUCGUAACAUCAACUGGAAGCCUGCACAGUGCGCUUGAACUGAGAUCCUGAGUGCAAUGCCUCAAAUGUGAACCCCUCUUGCAGUCCUCGAUUUCAGACCUGAAAGCUUGAAAAGUAAAUUCAGUAUGAAUUCAUAAAUGGAUGUAGAAUAGCUUCUUCAAAAAAGAGCUAGAUGCGCCCACCUCAGUUCCAGUUGUCUCUGCAAUCAUCUCAUCAUCUUUAAACACUCUCAUGUCAAAGUCUUCUUAACCAACAACUGUGCAAAUCAAAGGUCAAAUGAAUGUAAAAUUAUCAAAUGUAAACCUAAUCUUCCACAAAACUUUCAGUCUCUAUCAAGAUUAAGAGAAGGCUCGUUAAUCAUGGGUACUUUAGAUCUUGUCUAGAAAGCCAAGUUUUUUUGUAAAAAUCUGACCGAUUGACACGAUGAGUCUUUACAUUGUUGUUGUCACACAAUAACUCAUUCUCGUCUAAAGCUUUUUCGGUCAUUGGCGAUGUUUACCUUGCUUUCUUCGCCUUGAGAUCCUUAUAAACUUUGUUGGAAAUAAAAGUAAUUGUUUUUUACUAAAGAUCUUGUCUAGAAAGCCAAGUUUUCAUAAAAUAAUCUGAUCGACCAACAGGAUGAGUCUGUACACUAUUGUCACACAAUAACUCGUUCGCAUCUGGAGCUUUUAUAUUCAUUGGCGAUGUUUACCUCGCUUUAUUCGCCGUGAGAUCCUUAUAAAAUUUGUCGGAAGAAAACAAAAUUCUUUUCUCACUAAAUAUCUUUUCCUUUUCUAUAUGUCUAUCUUCUAAUUUGUUGUACUGGAUUGAAGACCAACUCGCCAAUGUCUCUACUCGAUUUUACACGUCGGCGAGUUGGCAUUGGUGAGUUGAACCGUCGGCAACUUGACUGGAUACCUCACAUAACAUGACUGUGGAACAUGAAAGCAAAGCAUGAGCUUGGACCAUGGCCUGGAAACAUGAGCUUGGAUCAUGACCUCUGACCAUUACCGCCAUACAUGACCAUGGAACAUGACCAUGGAAGAUGACCGUGGAACAUGACAUGACCUUGCAACCUGACCUCGAAACAUGAACUGGAAGCCUUCUCGGUGUGCUUGACCUGUUAGGCCUGAGCACAAUGCCUCAAAUGUGAGCCCCGAUUGCGGGCCUCAAUUUCAGAUCCAAAAGCUUCAAAAGCAAAUUCAGCAUGGCUUUAAUAGCUGGAUGUAAAAUAGCUUCUUCAAAAGAGCUAGAUGUGCUCACCUCAGUACCAGUCCUCUCUGCAAUCAUCUCAUCAUCUUUAAACACUCUCAUGUCAAAGUCUUCUGAACUAACAAGUAACUGUGAAAAUCAAAGGUCAAAUGAUUGUAAAAUUAUCAAAUGUAAUCUUAAUCCUGCACAAAAGUUAUUCCCUAUCAAGAUAAAGAGAAGGCUCGUUAAUCUUGGGGACCUAGAUAGAGUGCUCACAUUCUUAAGAGCCACUAUUCAGACAAUUUGACAUUUCGACAUUGCAAACAAAAUACCUCCGUCAAUCCAUGGCUGUUUAAAUCACUCAUUACCAAAGAGCACACAUUGUCUCCUGUCACCUAUGGAUGCAACCAAUGAGACACAAAAAUACAAGUACUAUUUUUGCUACUGCUUUUACAUGUCUACCAAUAAAUCAGAAAGAACAAUUACACUUCUACACAGGUUACUAUGCUAUUAGAUUUUGAUGCUAUAUCCAUACAUUCUUUAGCAAACAGGUUAUCAGAAUAUUCAAACUUAUCAGGUAGAAGGUCCUAUCCUGAUUGAGAACCACGUUCUCACAACUAAUUUACAGGGAAAUGUGUAGCAGCUAAGGGGGAGAAUUAACAAUCAGAUCUUGGGAGUCAAAGGGCUAAAUCAGGGCAUAAUGUUUAUGGUCCCAAUAGUCAAUAGCUAUUAUUGCCUCACAAUUUGCUUAAUUCCAAAAAUAAUUGCAACAUUUGUGAUUGAUACUCAGAGCAAGAAAAAUACCUCUUUAAACUCACGCGCCCCUACUUGAAGAAGUGUAUUUUUUAUUUGACCUGUUUGCACCACAAGCUGACUUGUCCAAAAAAGGCCAUGAAAACCACAGGGUAAGAGGCUGGACUUACAUGGAGAUUUAUGGCUCUACUUUGUGUAACCAAAUCAAUCACGUGUAAGGGACACAAAAUGACACACUGUACUUUCUGUGACUGGUACUUAUUUCCAUUAAUAAAUAAGGAAAAAUGGUUGAUGAAAUGUCUGGAUGCAAAAUCGUAAUUCAUUGCCCAUUUUUCCGUUGUCUGAGGGCACGAGUAAGGUCAAGUCUAUCCUAUCUGAAUGCAGAAAUUACUGUGAGAGGCUGCAUCUCCACAACAGUGUCAUAAAACCCCUUCCCCUAUCACCCCUCCCCUGCCACCCGCAGGUCUUGCUCUAUAAGGUGACCAGCAUCCAGUUGUAUUCAAUUUUCAAUUGCCAAUACUUACUGUCCAGACUUUGUCGUUCCCUUCAUAGUCUAAAUCCUCCAAUUCAACAAUUUCCACCCUCUAUCCCAAAGGAUUCUCAAAAGAUCCAAGUCUACCUGUCCCAAUUUCAUUUGCUCCAUCAGAAAUCUAGAAAUAAUUAAUAUUAUAGUUAAUUGUACUUAAAUAAACUCAGGGUAUUGUCGACGAGAGGGGAAGGGUGCCUAUCUGAGGGGAAGAGGGCGCUGUUAAUCUGAGUAUGGAAUUAAAGAGUGCACUUUUUUCUUUCAGAAACCUUCAUCAGGAGGACUGCUUUUAGGAAGAUGUAUGGAAAUGUGACUAUGAGAAAUUCUGCAUAAUUUUCAGAUAAUUUUUCUUUCUUGUCUACAAAAUGGCCACCUGAGCCCUAAGGCACCUGGGAUGCAACUGAAGCAACUAAAGCAAGUUAAGUAAGUAAAGCAGCUCAAGUGGGUGAGGGAUUUCAAGAAAGUAAAGCACAUUUGGUAACCAGAGCUUCUCAAGUAAGGUGCUUUUGGUGCUUCACCGAGAUGCUUUAAGAACUUGAAGCAUCUGAGUAAAGCAGCUGAGGUAAGUAAAGCACAUGAAAUAUUUGAAGCACCUCAGGUCAGUAAAUUACCUCACGUAAGUCAUGCUCAUGGUCAUCAUGGUCUGUUGCACUAUUAGGUGUAAAAGACAUCACAUUGUCUGCCUAGUGCUCCCUGUUGCGUGCUGCUGCCUUGGCCACAUUCCAGCUCUUCCACCCUCCCUUGUUUCCUCUCUUUUGACAGUCCUUCCUCAAGUGGUCCUUGGUCUUCAAGGGGCAACUCCCAAAGAAUCACCUUCAAACAUCUUUGGCACCAGUAACAUUGAAAAAACCCAAUUACUGGUGUUCCUUCUGCAAAAAUCUUUCCUUCGAAGGAAAAGUAGCAUUUUUUUCACAGUGCGAGACAACUAUGAAGUUCACUUCUAGUACUGUACAACAUAACUUCAAUCAAAACUGCAUGAACCCUACUUAGGACCUACAGCUUAACCUUGUAGCUUAACUAUCUGCAUUUAACUGUGCCCAAGGUCAGCCUUCUCUGAUUAAGCGAGGGUAAAAGCUUCACAGGAGAAAUGCUAUGUCAAGACACCCAAAGAAGAAAGGCAGUCUACUAUCACUCCAGUUCAGCCAUUGUACAACAGUUUUGUUCAACUCACCCCCGCAAACCUCAGUUUCUGACAUUUGCAGGUAAUACCAAAUAGGGUGACAAAGAUGUUUGAGCACAAUCAGACAACUAGAUGCAAAAAAAAGAUAGCAAGUUUUCGCACCUGUUGGUGAGGUAUGGUGCAGAGAAUAACCAAGAAAAGAAGCAAGAAUCCAUGAGUUUUGCAUACUGAUGUGAAGAACAGCUCACCUUGGUGCCAUGACCAAUAUCACUGUGGAAACUAUAUCGCCACUGAGAGAGUCAGAAGCCAAGCCAUCAACCACAAGCGAAGGCAAGUAAGAGAGUAAUGACCAGCAUUAUAUUAUAAAAGAAGCCGACAAGGAAAUCAACAAGCUAAAGUGCUGCUUGGAGGAUUGUACCAAGAUGGAAAUCGUCAAGAAACGAGCUGAGACUACUAUCGCAAAGCUGUCCGACCUUGUUUCCCAAGCCAAAGAGUUGAAAAUUGAUCGGGGAAUGUCGAUUUGACCUGUGAGCAAGUGGAAGAAAGAUAUCAAAUCCAAGUGUGCUGCAUUGGUUAGCAACAAGGAGAGGCUGAGAGGGUGUUUAGGUAAUUGAGGAGAGGAAACUAGACAAGGGAGAGAAGAUUUGAAGCCAUGGGCGGAAGAUGAGCACCGUUUCUGCCACCUGAGUAAAAGACAACAGGAGCACGAGUGCGAGUUGUGGAAAGGGAAAACUCGCAGGAGAAUUACGUGUAGUGGACAAGAAAUUAGAGACAGAGAAAAACCCUGUUUCCAGCAUUACAAAAUGACCAAAAUUUAGGAUUACACAGUUGAGAUUUGAAAACAUGUUUCAUAUACAAGUUGAUGCCAAGUUGAUUUCCAUCAAAGAGAAAUUGCUGUAUCUUCUACAUUCUGUUGGCCCGAAGGUCAGAGACGGAAUAGCAUACCUAAAGCCUGGAACUGUUGGUUACAAGACUAUGUGGGAUUGCUUAUAAAAGGAACAUGGGCAUACAAAGGUCGUUGUCGAUGAAAACAUGGAUAAAAUCCUUAUUUGUUCUCAGUCAAAGGAUUGAAUUACUUCAGGGUUCAAGAAUUUUAUAAGAGACUUAGCAGGAACUAUGAUGCACUUCAAACCCUGCAGGAAGCUCAAAAAUUACGAAUUGUCUCGCGUCAAACCUAAUCUAGUGGAUGACAAUUGGGAAGAAUGGUCCAUGGAAGAUUUGAUUGAAGCACCUGUUCGCACAGAAGACAGGAGACAAGCAGAAGCCAUAUUGCCCUUUGUACCAAACACAUGAUCACUUAAGUGUGAACUGUACCAGAGUAACUGCAUUGGUGGACUCGAAGAAGUACUUCAUCUGUGUUUUAAUUGCAGGUGUUCAAACCACAGAGCAGACCAAUGCCUUACGCAUGGUCGUGUAAAGUGCAAAUACAGGCAUCAUACCAGCAUAUGUGAUAGACAGGAGAGGAGAAACAGCAGCAGCCCAAACACAGCAUCACUAACAGGCUACACUAAUUACUUGGAGAAGAGAGUGCUUCCUACAAUUGUUUCAGUCAGCAUUAGGGGCAAGUCCACUUGUUAAAGUUAAACCAAAUAGGUCACGAGAUGCGCAAGAUCUUGACAGUCAAUGGAACCAAAGUCCAGUCCAUGCCAAUCUUUGAUUCCCACAUUAGGUCUCUGGAUGGAAGAUCUUCGGAACAAAUUUAAAUUCCCUGGCCCGAAAUUAGCUCAUUUUGUUUCUGUGAGAAGGCCAGACAUGAACCAGCUGAAGUGGAACUACUCGCAUGUGCAGGACAAGAGCUUCUACAUGGUAUCUACAUGAGAGCACCAGAUACAUUUCAUUCCUGGAGCUGGUGUUUACAGCAGAAUAGAGACAGAGAUUGUUCAAAGGGAAGCAGGAUAGCCCCUGCUAGAGGACACAACUUUCGCUUGGGUGGGUCAUGAUAAAGAUGAAUAGGCGAGUGGCAGGACCUGCAUGUGCCUGAGAGAGGUGAGUGACUACGAGAAACUGUACAAGCUUGGAUGUACUGGCAGUUGAGGAGCCAGCUAAAAAUUAUCAGUUGGACAUUCUGUGUGACUUCAAAGAGAGUGUUGUGUGAUGAGAGGACUGGAGGUACCAGGUCAGCUCCCCUUGCAUUCCUGGAGUGACAUUCUCAAAGACAAAUAAGAAAUGAAGCACAGUGUCUUCAGAAUGUGAAGAGAAAACUUUCUAGAUAUGAGAAGCUAAAAAAAGAGAAAUGUGGGGGCAUUGUGGAAGAGCAAAUCAGAACAGCAGUAAUCGAGAAGGCACCAAAGCAAAGUGCAGUCACCACAAAGGUUUGCAUGGUGUUCGACACGAGUGUUAAGCCCCGCCCCUUGGCUAACAGCAUCGACUUAUUAGACCGUGAAUGCCAACUAAUCCACUUCUUGGACACAUCGAGAGGGCAUUUCUGCAGAUAAGUGUUAGAGAGUAUGGCAGAGAUUCGAUCAGUUUCCUGUUCAAUGUCAAAGGAUUAGACUAGCAUUAAGACUACCCAAGUACAGACUGCAGUUGAAGCAAGCCCCUUCUUGCCGUGAGCCACUCUGCAACGUCACUUUGAGAAGCAAGGGCCAUAAUUUGAACAUACAAUGAGAGCACUCAAGGAGAACACUUGCACUGACAAUCUCAUGAAAAUAAGGGGAGAUCAGGAGAAGCUUGUGCAGUUUAAAGAAGAAAGGACUCUCAUACUUGAGUCAGCUAAGUUCCCAGUUCAUAAGUGGCAAUCCAAUGUAAAACCUCUUAAGAGUGAAAACAUGCCAAACCCAGGCAAGAGUCUUAGACACACUUGGAGCAAAGAUGAUGAAACACUGGAGCUACUUACAAAGUCCUUUCCACAGAAGCAGCCUGUGACUAAGCGACUAUCCUUAGUUACUUAGGAACUCUGUAUGGCCCACUUGCGAUAAUCUCGCCCACUGUGGCUGAAGGAAAGCUUAUCUAUCGAGAAGGAUAAGACAUGAAGAAGAGCUAGAAUGUAGUAGUCUCCACUCCCUUGAAGGACCAAGGGCAGAGGUGGCUAAAGCAACCUAGAGAAGUGACUACCUAGAAGCGUUGCUACAUUCAUUGGAGAAGUGGAGGCAGUCCAUUUACAUCUUUUCACAUAUUCCAGCAUUUAAGUAUGUUGUGCAGCUUUUGCGGUCGUAGCACAAGGGCAGGCAUGGUCAAAAGGCUCCUAAGAUCAAAGUCAAGAGUAUCAAAGAGAAAUACUUCGACAACCAGACUGGAGCUUAGGAGUGGUCAUAUGGUAGUGAGCAUGGCAAAGAGUCUUUCCACUGCUCUCCAGUGAUGGCUCGUCACGUAAGUCACCAUUCAGAUGGACAGUAUGGUAGCCUUGUAGUGGAUAAGCUGGUAGGGGACAGAGGGUGUUCGUGGCCAACAGAUUGAAGAAAGCAGAAACCACUGCUCCAGGUAGCAUCACUUGGAAGUACUGCCCGUUAGAUUUAAAUCUGGCAGACCUUGGAGGGCAGAGGAGCAACCAUUGCAAAGAUGGAAAGAGGAAAAUGGUUUGAAUGUCCAGAUUGACUCUUAGACAAGAUGGAGUAGCCACAGCAGCCAAGGCUGAACAGCACCAAAGACACAGAUAAAGAGAGGAAGGCCACUCAAGAGGCAGCUCUUUGCACACGAAAGCGCAAGCUGGAUGAGCAGGACGUGUUGCUUGAGAGAAGUACCUACUGGUGAACAAUGUGAGUAGCAGCAUGGGUGUUAAGGUUCAUCAGCAACUGCAAAGUGAGGAGAAACAACUUAAAGAAAAUGUCACGUCCGUUACAGACUGACAAAAUCAUCACUGCACGUAACUACGGGGUGAAAAGACUUCACAAAGGAGAUGAAGCAUGUCCAUAGUCCCCAGGAUGAAAGCUAAUUAAAGAUGAGCAUACAGGUGUUCUCAAGUGCGAAGGCAGAAUUAAAGGAUACAGGUUCACGUAGCUUCCUGGAGGACCACUUCCUGAGAAGAUUCUUGCACACACACAUAAUCAGGUCGUGCAUCUUGGCACUGCAACCAUGAUGGCAAGUGGGAGAGAGAGUUUGUGGGUACCAAAGAUGAGGCUAGUCCAGAAGGUCAUUAAGAAGUGCAAUGUCUGCAAAGUACUCUCUACCAAACUAACCAGAGUACUGUCAACAAGUGCCUUUCCAAGAUACAGAACGUAGCGCAGCAGACCAUUUGAGGUGACAACAGUAGAGUUUGCCAGACUGUUCAGUUACAAGCUUGGCGAGAAAGAAGAAGGAAAGUGGUAUGUUAUUAUUUUCACUUGUGCCAGCUCCAGAGCAGUUCAUUUAGAAGUUGCAAGUACCCAAAGAGCAGACAAAUUCAAGAACAACCUUAAUGCCCUUGUCACGCAUCAAACCAGACUUGCAUCAUCGUCAUGGAUAAUGCCAAAGUGUUUAAGGUCACAGAGACUAAAUCAAGAUUGUUGGGAAAGGUGACAAGCUGCAGAAUUACCUAGCACGUGAGAACAUAAGUCAGAAGUUUUACCUUGCAAAGUCACCCUGGUGGUGAAGAAUGUGUGAGAGACUGAUCAAGGAGAUCAAGAAAACACUACACAAGACCUUACCAAGGUCACAUCUUUCCUAUGAAGUGUUUGAAGCAGUCCUCGUGGAUGUUGAAAGAAAUCUGACUAUAAUUCCUCACCCCCCAUGAUGUAUGUUCAACCAGAAGGAGGGAGGAGGAAGAGCUUUCCCCAAACAUGAUCCUGUGGGGACGAAAUGUGUAUCCAGUGGACGACACUGAAGGCUAAGGUGCAGAGAGGCUAACAAGGAUGACCAAGCAGCUAGAAGAUGCUGAAGACCACGCAUAGAAAUGCUGGACAAGAAAGUGCAUGUACGGCCUAAUGGAAAGCCACAGGCUUAACAAGGAGAGAGGAGGUAUGCCUGAAGUUGGAGAGAUUUUACUUGCCGUUGGACAAGAGAAGAACCGUGGGGAGUGGAAAAAGGGGUAAUGUUCUCUCACAAAGGACACAAGAUUGAGCAGGCACUCCAGCUGGUUUGCCCGUGGAAAUAGGAGCAGCUGAAACUAUUGUCCAGCCUCAUGAGGGGAGGAGAGAAAUUAACUGAAUAAGUCAAAGACCAAGACCAAAUGUGGCUCAAACGGCUGCUCAGAGAAUUGUCGAAAAAUUGCAAGCAGAACACAUGCAAGCAAAAUCAGACAACCCGACACAACAAAAAAAAGGCCAGUUUCAGUAGGAGUUGUCUAGAGUUUAUUGUCACUUAUGAGUCCUCCUAGUGAGUUAUUGUGCGGAUAAUAAACAAGAAAACAGAGAGUCUGGGAGUACGAGACUUACUUAGUAUUGAUGAAGAGCCAACUACCGAAAAUACCCUGCCAAACAUUGGCACCAGCAACAUCAAAGAACUCAGUUGCUGUUGAUCCUUCUCCAAAAACAUUCCUCCAAAGGAAAAGUAGCAAUUCAUUCACAGCAGAAGACCACCUUGAAGUUCACUUCCAGUAACGUACAACAGAACUUCAAUCAAAGUAGCACGGACCCUCAUUAAAAUCAACAUCUACAUCUAUUUCUCAAAGUCAAACACCUCAAGUAAGUAAAGAGUCUGAAGUAAGGCACAUGAAGGAAAAAAGACCGGAAAGAACCUCAAAGUGGGAAAAGCAACUCAAGUGAGUAAAGCACAGGAAGAAAGGAAAACACCCCAAGUAAAUAAAGAACCUGAAUAAAAUACACUUCCUGAAGCAAGUAAAGUACCUUAAAAAGUGAGGGAUCUCAGGUAACAAAAGCACCUACAAUAAGUAAAGUACCUGAAGCGAGUAAAGUACCUAAAGUAAGUAAAGCACGUGUAGUAAGUCAAGUACGUCUAGUAAUUGAGGCAUCUCAAGUAACUAAAGCGGCUCAAGUAGGUGAAGGAUCUCAAGAAAGUAAAGCACAUUCAGUAAGUACAGCACCUCAAGUAAGGUCCUUCAAGUACUUGAGGCAUCUAAGUGAAACAACCAAAGUAAAGCACGUGGAGUAA